AUGAGGCCUGAGAUCCUAACGACGGCAACAGAGGUACAGACAUUUUCCAAGACAAGUGUACACACAGGAGGAAAAGACACAAAUCCCUGGUGGAGGGUGGAUCUACUGACUGUGUAUACCAUCACCUCUGUCAGAAUACUCAACAGAGGAAUAGACCAUGGUGAAGAUGUUUCAAACCGACUUAGGGAUGUUACCGUCACUGUAGGGCUGACUGAAUCAGACGUCAAUACUCCCUGUGGUGUCUUUGCUGGCCCCGGUACUGCGUCACAGCUGGUCGUCAUCGACUGUCCAACGUCACCUCAGGGGAGAUUCGUAAAGAUCUCAAAAACAACUGAGGCCCUCACACUAUGUGAAGUCGACGUGUUUGAUUCAUCCGUAUAA